GUCGAUUCAAACGCUCUUUCACUCCCCCUUUGCUCCUCCGCCAUGCCUCGGUGACACGCAUUAUGCCCGGCGCCGCCUGGGACUUCGCGUGGUUCGACAACAGAUGGCCUUCCAGCAGGAGAUCAACAGGAAGCAGCUUCUUUGAGGUGAGAGAGCCCGAGAUCAAAGGCAAGACCGUCAAGGUGCCUGAGAGAGUAGUGGCGCUGAGCUCAAAGAUACAUCCCUUGAAGUCAGGCAUUCUAGCCCUGUCGCAGCGCCAUGGCGCAGUGCGGCCACAUGGCACUAGCAGGCACAAAAGUGUAGGUCUUCUUGCUUCACCAGGCCAGCAUGCCCAUGCGCCUUAUGGUGGAGACUACGGCAGUUAUGAUCCAUACGCUGGAGGCUAUGAUCCUUACGCAGGCAACUAUGACCCGUAUGACGGUGGCUACCAUGAAUACGCCCCGGAGGACGACUAUGCUCCGGUAGACUAUGGAGGAGAGAUGGAGGAGCCCCCGCCUCCAGCAAUUCCAAUGCCUGAAGGAGAAGUCGAAGCUCUCAAAGCAGAGCAGAUGCAAGACGCGGCCUUGAAGCAGUGUAUGGCCAAGUGCCCUAUUUGGGACCCGUUGGCAACUGCAAAGCCUGAAGAUCUUCAGCAUGCAUCGCUUGUGGUGCUACAGCGUUUAGCACGCCCAGAGCGUCGUAUUGCACCAUCUUUGCGCCGUGCAUCUGCGGCAGUGGAUGCUGCUGGCCGGAGCUUUGAGCGAUGGGUCCGUAAACGACAGGAUUUGGGGCGCGAGCUUCCUAAGCUACGGAAGAUCAUCAUGGGUUGCAAGACUCUGCAGGAUGAGCAAGAUGCUCAAGAGGUCGACAACGACCUUGAGGCCAUCCGUGCAGAGACCGACCGAGCACGGCAGCAGGUGCAAAAAAAUGCUAGUGAAGCAGAGCUAGCACAGGAGAGCAUUGUGAUGCAGGAUGUUGGUCACAUGCAGGGCAAGGCCGAUCGGUGGGCUCUGGAGCAGGAGAUGCAGCAGCAGGACCGACGGGAUGCGCUCGUUGACUCGCAGGCCAUGCAGCAAGUCAAUGGCUACAACCAGCAGGGUGCAGACUUUCAACAAAGACAGAUGGAGGAGGUCACAAAAGAGAUGAAGCAGUUGCCCUCAAGCAGUUUGGAGCUGAAAGCAUCGAAGGAUGCAUCAAGAGGAGCCCCGACCUCGUUGCAGUCCUUGGCCAAGAGCAUUGAUCUAGAAGGGCCAGAAGGUCAGAAUCCCACUCAACAAUCUCACCAUCAUCAUCAUCAUCAUCACCACGGAGGUGCCCAUGAAGCCUGGCACAAUCACUGUGAUGAUGGUGGCUGUUAUGAUGAGUAUGGAGGCUACUGGGAUGAUAUCCAUGGAGGGUAUUGGGAUGAGUAUGGCCGCUACUGGGAAGAAGGCUGGGGAGGCUACUGGGAUCCUGAUGGAACAUACUAUGUGAAGGAUGACGCUCAGGAAGCAAAAGAGGAUGCUAGCUCAUUGCAGGAGUGGUUUAAGCAGUGCGGUCAGAUUCGCAUUCCUCCGUCAAUUGUCGCAACGCGGCGUGCAGCCAGCGAAGCCUAUUGGGACUUUGACAGGUCUUUGGCAGUGGCCGAGAAGGCAGUAGAUGACGCCCUCACCUCAGCAAGGAUGAAAGGUGAAUGACUUGCCACAAAGAGCAAAGAGCUGUGACAUUGGCCAAAAUGGCUAUGUUGCACGAGCGUGCUCGCGGCAUGACAGGCUGGUUUUUAGGAGAUACAUACUGGCAACAUACAGCCAGUUGAAAUCAUGGCAAACAAGAUGUGACGCUUGUUCAGCCACGACCUGCCCUUUGGUGCCGAAACCUUAUGCAGAGUUUAAGACCCUUCUUGCACUGAACAUGGCCGAGAGAAACAAAAAAGUCAACCUUGAAU